CAUCUGCUGUGUCGAUUCCAUGUCGAGCUCACAUUGUAGUUUGGGAUUAUGGGUGCUUGAGUGUAUGAUGCCCAUGGUGUUUGUUUAUUUAUUUUGUUUCAAAACAUUGGUUUAGGAGGAAAAAAACAGCUAGAAGCAUGGACUGGUGGCUAAACGGUGGACGCUAAAACGGUGUGAGCUGUAAUUCGGAGUCGAGCAGCAGCCCCGCGCUUGAGGGCUCAUUUCCUGAGGACCCCAAACAAGAGUGCUCAGUUAGCCCGGAGGCAGAAAGAUAACACACAGACAGCAACUUCUUUUCUGUUAGACACCAUGGCGCAUGGGGGACCACCUCCUCGAUGGCUAAACUGUCCUCGGAGAGGACAACCUGUAGCUGGCAAAUUCUUACCAAUGAAAACCAUGUUGGGUCCCAGAUACGACGACAUGGUCCCGGAGGAGAACAGGUUCCAUCCGAGCAUGCUGUCCAAUUACCUUAAAAGUUUGAAGGUCAAGAUGGGCUUGCUGGUUGAUCUGACGAACACAACACGCUUUUAUGACCGAACAGAUAUCGAAAAAGAAGGGAUCAAAUACAUCAAGCUUCAGUGUAAAGGCCAUGGGGAAUGUCCCGCCGUCGAGACGACUGAGACGUUCAUCAGGAUAUGUGAGCACUUCAUACAGAAGAAUCCCACUGAACUCAUAGGUGUCCACUGCACUCACGGUUUUAAUCGGACGGGCUUUUUGAUCUGCACCUACCUGGUAGAGAAAAUGGACUGGAGCGUUGAAGCCGCCGCAGCAGCAUUUGCUCACGCUCGCGCUCCUGGCAUCUAUAAAGAAGACUAUCUGAAAGAACUUUUCCGUCGCUACGGUGAUGUUGACGAUGCUCCACCUGCCCCGGAGCUUCCCGAUUGGUGUUUUGAAGACGGCAGCGAUGACGUUGAUGACGACGGCAAUGUGAUAGGUCAGGACUCCGGACCAAGCUCAUCAGGCUCCAAUCCAGGCAAGAAGAAGAGAGAGAAACUGAAACUGGGUGCCGUGUUUCUGGAAGGUGUCUCGGUCAAAGGAGUGACUCAGUUGACCACUCAGCCCAAACUGGGGCAGGUUCAGAGGAAAUGUCAGGAGUUCUGCGAGUGGGAAAAGUCUGGCUUCCCUGGGGCACAGCCUGUAUCUAUGGACAGGCGCAACAUUCAUAUGUUGGAGCAGAACGGCUACAAGGUCAGCUGGAAGGCAGAUGGAACACGGUAUAUGAUGCUAAUUGAUGGCCGAAAUGAGGUCCACAUGAUCGACAGGGACAACUCGGUCUUCCACGUCGCCAACAUGGAGUUCCCUUAUCGGAAGGACAUGAAGAGCCACUUAUCCAACACGCUGCUGGAUGGGGAGAUGAUUAUUGACAAAGUGAACGGACAGCCAAUCCCACGCUAUCUCAUCUACGACAUCAUCAAAAUAGCCGGCCAGCCAGUAGGUCAGUGUGACUUCAGCAGACGGCUGCUGUGCAUAGAGAAGGAAAUCAUCUUCCCUCGCUCUGAGAAAAUAAAGAUGGGCCAAAUCGACAAGACCAAGGAGCCUUUCAGCGUCCGGAACAAGCCGUUCUUUGACCUUCAUGCAGCACGGAAACUCCUUGAGGGCAGUUUCACCUCUCAGGUCAGUCAUGAAGUGGACGGCCUGAUCUUCCAGCCCAUUGGGAAGUACAAGCCGGGCCGCUGUGAUGAAAUCCUAAAGUGGAAACCUCCCAGUCUUAAUUCUGUGGACUUCCGACUGAAGAUCUCAAAAGUCGGAGGGGAAGGGUUGAUCCCUCAGACGGUGGGUCUGCUGUAUGUUGGCAGCUAUGACAUACCCUUUGCUCAGAUGAAGGUGACGAAGGACCUGAAGCAGUACGAUAACAAGAUUAUUGAGUGCACAUUCAAAAACAACUCCUGGGUCUUUAUGAGGCAGAGAGUAGACAAGAGCUUCCCCAAUUCAUAUGAUACAGCGAUGGCUGUAUGUAACAGCAUCCAGUUUCCUGUCACAAAGGAAAACCUGCUGGAGUUCCUGGACCGCUGCGCCCAAAGCCGCAAGCACCAUUCGGACCCAGACGCUCAGCUCAUGCCCCCUCCCCCUCCAAAAAGAUCCAGUCACGGCUUCCCGUAAUCUUUUGCAUCUUGAAGUAUGAUCUAGUGUAGCAGGUUUUUUUUUUUUGCUUUUUUAAAUAUGUACUUGGAAACCUGGCUCUUUCUACGCCCUGAUAAAGAGACUUUCUGAGAUUCACAGUGACAUUUCACAGCUUUAUCCUUCCUACUCAGACAGCUACCUGGCAGCAGAUGCUGCACUUCUUUGAAAUCUCUUGUCGUGUGGAGACCUUGGCUGGGCAUUCAGAGCUGAGACAUGGUCUUGUUUAAAAAAGAAUGAAAUAAAUGUUACAUUGACAUUUGA